AUCAUAUUAAAUCUCAUCUCUUUCCAUGAAGACAAGAGAAGAGGAGUUUACACACUGUUCAAGCACAAGGUCAGUUUAGGUCUAGUGUAAAAGAUGGCGUGCAAUCAAGAAGGAAGACUGCUGACAUCACAUGGCAAGAUUCAUGACACCUCCGCGGUCCAGAACACUCGAGUGUUGCUGCAAGUCAGUUCUCUGUGCAGCACCGCUUCCCACAGGAUUCUCAAAGAAGAGCCGAACGAACAGAUCAGAUCACUUCAGGAGCAGCUUAUGGAUAAAGAUCAGUACAUCAAUAGGCUGCAAGAUGCACUUCAAAUUGAGAAGGAGAAGAACUCCAAGCUGCAGUCUCGUUUUAACCAGCAGGCAGUGGAAUUAAAACGCAGAGAGCAGCUUGUGAACAGAAUGAGAGAGAAGCUCUCACAGUUUACAGACAGACACCGAGACCGGGGAGUGUCUAUGGAGAUCAUAAACGCUCUUCCUAAGCCAUCGGGACAGAGAGAGCCCACGCCCUGGAGUGCACGGCCUGAUGGGAGGAAAGAGGAGGCGCUGAGGUUAAUGCUGGAUAGGAGGGAGGCCGAGCUCAGGGAGGCCAUGAAGCUGCGUCACAGUCUCACCACGCUACUGCACGCGCUCAGAACCGACAUGCAGCAGACUCUAAAGGAGAUUGUGGACACCGAGGAAGACAAGACAGACACCAGCAGGCUGGUCCAAUCAGAGCAGUCACUUGGUGAUCAUGUGACAGGGGGUGUGUUUCUGGAGUGGACGCAUGUACAGCAGAGGCUGAGGGAGCUGCGGUCACAAGGCCUAGCUGCAGUGAGUACAGACCAGGAGAAGCUCCUGUCUCAGCUUGAAGAAGAGCUGGAGCAGAGCAGAGAGCUGGUCCGAGUACAGCAGCAGCUACUGCAGGACAGUGUGGCUACUCCUCUCCCAGACACACUCAUCGACUCCUACUAUCUGGAGGAGUGGGAGCGGCUACAGGACAAGUGGGUGGAGUUUAACAGACAGAGGCGGAGCUUCCAGCAGGAAAGACAGGCCUUCACUGAUGCCGCAAUUCGAUUGGGCCGUGAGAGAUGCGAGUUUGAGCAACAGAAGGCCUCUCUGUUAAAACAGCAGUUCCUCAGCACAUCUCCAGUGAAGACUUCACACUCCAACAGGAGAGACAGCACGGCACUCAGUGACCUGCGAAUGAUGGCUCCUGAUUUGUUGUCUCUCUCCCCUUGUGUCACUCCAUCCUCUGAGGGGUCAGAGGUCACACCCUGGUCAGGGCAGAAUAUAGGAAUGACCCCCAACACUCCUGAGCUCUACUGCAUCCUUCAGCUGCCAUUUUACUGCAGGGAAAGUGCCAGUCCUCCAUCUGAGACUUGGGUGAAGGAGACGCAGCAAGGUGAAUUCAGCCAUGACAAACAAAACAUGGACAACUGGCCCUUUUAAUUCUGAGAGAGAGAGACUGCACUUUGACUAAAUAAUAAAGUCCUUUAAACUUG